AUGGCGACCGAAGCCCCUCAAGCUGUUCAACCCACCGACUGGCAGGAGUUGGUCGCUCGCAAGCGUCACGAAUGCCAGGACAAAAUUCCCCGUGAAUGGACGCUGAGCGAAGAUAUUUUGAAAGAACUGCCCACUAAUCUACUGGAAUAUGAUCUGCCACGUCGCAGUGGCCUCCUUUCUGAUCUCGAGCUCGAUGUCACCGAAAACUAUACCGCAACCGAGCUAUUGAUCAAGUUGGCCUCCGGCCAGGUUAGUUCACUGGCGGUUACGACGGCGUUUUCAAAGCGUGCAGCCAUUGCACAGCAGGCGACUUCAUGUCUCACGGAGACCUUUUUCUCGGAAGCUUUGGAGCGAGCUCGCUUCCUGGAUGAAUACCUCCAGCGAGAAGGAAAGCCAAUUGGCCCACUCCAUGGAUUGCCCAUCAGUCUCAAGGAUAGCUUCUGCGUAGAGGGCCUCCAGUCGACAGUGGGAUACGUUGCCUGCCUGAACAAACCCCCAGCAACGACAAAUUCAGCACUGGUGACGAUGCUCCUCGAAUUAGGAGCCGUGCUAUACGUGAAGACUAAUAUCCCUCAAACGAUGAUGACCGCAGACUCGGAAAACAACAUCUUCGGCCGCACCCUCAACCCACACAACACCUCCUUGACUGCAGGCGGAUCCAGCGGCGGCGAAGGCUCUCUAGUAGCAUUCCGAGGCUCAAUCCUCGGUGUUGGCACCGACAUCGCAGGUUCGAUUCGUAUUCCAGCUCUUUGCUGCGGCGUUUACGGAUUCAAGCCAACCACUGCCCGUGUUCCCUUCGGCGGCCAAUUCUCCGGUGCAAUGGAGGGCUUGCCUGGACUUAUUCCUUCUGCGGGUCCCCUUGGCCAUAGCCUUGCAGAUUUGAAGCUGUUUAUGGAAACCAUCAUCGGAAAAGGAAAUGCAUGGGAAUAUGACCAUACAGCUGCCGCUGUGCCGUGGAACAAGACUGCGAGGGUCGGUAGCGACCGUAAUGGAAGUCUGACCAUCGGCGUGUUGUCUGAAGACAAGCAAUUCCCCCUCCAUCCUCCUGUGAAACGCGCUCUGGAUUGUGCAGUCGAGGCUUUGACUAAGGCGGGUCACCGGAUUGUCCGGAUUGAAAAUAAUACCAAGGAGGAUCUUUCGGUGGCCUAUGCCUCGCGAUUGGCAUUCCAGUAUUUCACCUACGGCCCUCAUGUGGAUAAUAUUGGGCCCAGUGGUGAGCCAUUGGUGGCUUCAGUGGCCAAGUUUGCUUCACCAAUGUUCUCGGGCUCUUGGCCCGUGGAGCAGGAGCAGGAACCUCUUUACAAGGUAAAUCAGUUGCAUGUGGCUCGGGGUAAGGUGUCUGAUGCCUGGCGUCAAGAAUGGGUUGAGAAGCAGCUGGAUGUUAUUUUGGCUCCCGGUUCGCAGAAUACGGCAGUCGGUUUUGAUACUUAUGGUUGGCCGCCGUAUACAUUGAUGUGGAACUUACUGGAUUACCCAGCUUGCAUUAUUCCGUUCGGAGAGGCAUCCAAGGGGUUGGACCCUGACGAGAUGAAGACUGGAGAUGAUGUACAGCCUGAUUACCACCCGGAAGAAGUUGACGGAGCACCAUGUGCUAUUCAAGUCAUUACGCCCCGCUUCCAAGACGAAAAGUGUCUUGCUGCCGCUGAACUCAUCGAGCGGGCAAUCCGAGCCUAG